AUGGGAGAGAUCACAGUGACACUGGAGGACGUCUAUCGGAUUCUGCAGAUGUUGAUCACAGGUGAGCUUGUUGAGUACAAUGUGGAGGAGGUCAAUGGGACAGACACUCUAUGGGAGGGUGAAGGUGGAGGUCGUCGAGGUGGGAGGAGAGGAUGGGGCAGAGGGAGGAGGGGUGGGAGAGGUGGAGCUAUUGGACAUGGUCGGGGAGUAGGUGGUGGCGAGGGAGGAGGAGGAGAUGAGGGAGCUAGUGGGAGAGGUGUGAGGGGUAGAGGCAGGAGGAGUGGGAGAGGUGGAUCUAUUAGACACGGUCGAGGAGCAGGUGGUGGUAGGGGAGGAGGAGGAGAUGAGGGAGGUGGUGGGAGAGGUGUGAGGGGUAGAGGAGGAGGAUGGAGAGGGGUUGGUCGGGGCGGGCUAGUACAGGCAGAGGAUGUGGCUGUCGUGGAGGCUGAGGAGGGAUCAGGAAGUGAUGGAUCUGAGGAGGAGAGCGAUUAUUCUAGUGAGGAUACCAAGUUUGAGGAGGUUGGUGGGGGAGUGUGUUUGAUAGGAUUGGUGGGAGUAGCCAUGGAGGAGGAGGAGGAGGAUGUGCAACAAUUAUCCCGACAGAGGAGGAUUGAUAUGCCCCCUCCUGCCCCUCGACAGGUUGGUACACAAGAUCUGCAACCUUUGCAGCCACAAGGUUUGCAGAUUAGAGUGUCUCCUCAUCAGCAACAAGCACAGAUAUAA